AUGUCUAUAAUACGUUCUACUACUUCAAGAGUGUUAUCCCAUUCUAGAGUGGGAUCAGUCUUACACCCAACUGUCUGGACUUUGAGAGCAUCAUUUUCCACUUCUCCAUUGUCCUGUAAUGCGGCCCCAGAAACUGUCAUUUCAACUACCACCACCACCGCUUCCAAACCUACUAGUCAUUUAUUCGAAUAUGGAGAAGAAUUCUCAAACAGAAACACCGGUAAACCGCUUUUCUCCAGAAAGACCUUCUUAGUUGAUUAUUAUAAAUAUUUGAAUGAUACCAAUGAAAUCAUUUUAGUCGCCCAUGUUAAUAAUAUUAAUAAAAUGGAUAACAAGAGAAUAAGACAAGAUAUUAUUAAAGCUGGAGGUAAGAUGCAUUUCGUCAAUUCAAAUAUGUAUAAAUUAUAUUUACAAUCAUCUCAUGAAGAAGAUCCAGCUGCAAAAGGUAAUAGACAAAAAAACAAACAUGUCAAACAUCCAUUAGCUAUAUUAUUCAAUGGUCCAACUGCCGUUAUUUCAAUUCCAAAAGCUGAUCCAAGUAUAGUUAAGGAUUUAGUUAAGAUUUUAAAACAAGCCAAAGAAAAAUUAUUAUUAAUUGGGGCAAAAGUUGAAACUUCGGUUAUGGAUGUUGCUGAAGUUGAUCAAUUGAAGGAAUUACCUUCCAAGGAUCAAUUACAAGGACAAUUGGCUGGGUUGUUGACUAUUUUGGGUGGUGCUGGUUUGGUUCAAACUUUACAAUCUACUCCUAGUAUGUUAUAUUUGACUAUACACGCCAGAGAAAAGGAUCUUGGUGGAGGUAAAAAAGAAGAAGAAGGAGAAGGAGAAAAGAGCAAUGAUGCUUAG